AUGGCUUACGAGACUCCCAGGACAGACCUGUCUGCGUGGCGCCUCGUCGUCGGCGAAGACUCGCACGGCCAACAGAAAUGGGUCUACCUCUCCGACCCACACCAGAGGGAGCAGUGUCCUCAGUCCACCGUCGAAAAGUACUGGCUUGGCCUGGAUACCGAUCUUCCCGAGCUCGAACGAGCCAAGACUCCCCUGGAAGCAGCGCGCAACGGCUACCGCUUCUACAAACAGAUCCAAAGCCCUGACGGUCACUUUUCCACAGAGUAUGGAGGACCACUCUUUCUCAUACCUGGUCUGGUCGUGGCCCUCUAUGUGACUGGACAGUCUCUGAGGCCAGAACAGCAGCUGGAGAUGCGACGCUAUGUGCUGGGCAAGAGGCGAAAGGAGGGUGGCUGGGGUCUUCACACUGCAGCUCCGCCUACUGUAUUUGGUACAGUCAUGAACUAUGUCGCACUGAGAAUACUGGGUAUGGGCCCAGACGAAGGGCCUAUGAGCGAAAUUAGAGCUUUGAUCCACAAGAUGGGAGGUGCGACUGGUAUUCCAACUUGGGGCAAAGCGUGGCUUUGCAUCCUCGGUGCGUAUGAGUGGGACGGUGUGGGGUCAGUGCCUCCAGAAUUGUUGUUGCUGCCUGACUGGGUGCCAUUUGCGCCUUGGAGAUGGUGGAUCCAUGUUCGCAACGUCUUCACCCCGAUGAGUUACCUUUACGGUACCCGCUUCGUCGGUCCAUACACUCCUCUUGUUGCGAGUCUCCGUCAAGAACUCUACACCCAGCCCUACGAAUCCAUCCAAUGGUCUCGCCAAGGGUCCAACAUCUCCCCAUACGACGUGUACUCUGGCCACUCUCCCGUUUUACGCGCGGCGCACAAAGUCCUGAGCGUCUACGAAAAGCUCCCCCAUGUUCCCGUUAUCUCUUCUUCUCUCCCCCUCCGCCAAGUCGCCCUUGACAGAGCUUACCAGUUGAUCGUUUACGAAGACGAAAACACCACCUACCAAACCGUUGGCCCCGUUUCCAAAGCCUUCCACAUUGUAUGCCGCUACGCCCGUGAAGGCGCCGACAGCGAUGCUUUCAAAGCCCACCUCUCCCGUGUGGACGAUUUUCUUUGGCUGAGUAAAGGUGGCUUGAUGAUGAUGGGCACAAAUGGCUCCCAGCUGUGGGAUGCAGGGUUCAUGGCGCAAGCGGCAGUCGAGACCGGCUUGGCGGAGGAGGAAGAGUUUAGAGAUAGCGCUCUGGGGACGCUUGAUUGGCUUGACAAGGCGCAGAUCAGGGAGAACCCCAAGUGGUACAAAGCGGGGUAUCGGCACAGAACCAAAGGAGCUUGGCCGUUCUCCACCCCGGAACAGAGUUAUACCGUCAGCGACUGUACUGCGGAAGGUCUCAAGGCCGUCAUGGGUCUUCAGCAUCUUGACUAUACCCCGGAGGCUGUGUCGAUGGAUCGGAUGAAGGAUGCUGUGGACACGUUGUUGAGCAUGCAGAACGCGAACGGCGGAUUCGCGAGCUAUGAGCUCAGUCGGUCGGGCACUUAUUUGGAGCUGCUUAAUGCUGCCGAGGUAUUUGGAAACAUCAUGAUCGACUACACUUACCCCGAGUGUACGACUUCAGCUUUGUCGGGUCUGAAGCACUUUUCACUUCUCAACCCAACCUACCGCGCCGCCGACAUAUCCCGGACAAUUGACCUGUCCAUCAAAUACCUCCAUGAUAUACAGCGCCCCGAUGGCUCGUGGUAUGGCUCGUGGGGCAUUUGCUUCACCUACGCUACAAUGUUCGCUCUCGAGUCGUUGUCUAUCGCCGGAGAGAAUUGGGCCAACUCGGAUCGCGUCAAACGAGCUUGCGACUUUUUGGUGGCUCGUCAGAUGGAAGAUGGGGGAUGGGGCGAGACUUAUAUGUCUUGUGUGACGGGCGAGUACACUCAACAUGAAAGAUCACAAGUCGUCCAGACCGCUUGGGCUAUCCUCGCCCUCGUCUAUGGCCAGUGCCCCGACAAGACUGUGAUCGAGAAGGCUACUCGAUUGAUUAUGAGUCGACAGCAGAAGGACGGGAGAUGGGAGCAGGAGGACACGGAGGGUGUGUUCAACAAGAAUUGUGCGAUUGAUUAUCCUGCAUUCAAAUUCAUAUUUUGCAUUUGGGCAUUGGGGAAAGCCGACAAAUACCUGCGAAAUUAG